AAAAAAAAAUUAGAUGUGUGUGUUCAAGCCGCUAACCAUCGGCCAUCCUUUUUGCAUCAGCUAAGAUAUCUUAGCUCCGAGCAUCAUGUCAGACGUUGAAAUUGAAGAUGUACCUUCUGCAGCUGUUGGUGGACAAAUGGACGUCAACACCGCACUCCAAGAAGUCUUGAAAAAUGCCCUCAUCCACGAUGGUGUUGUUCAUGGACUCCAUGAAUGUGCCAAGGCCCUUGAUAAGAGAACAGCAAUGCUUUGCAUUCUCGCUGAAAAUUGUGACGAAGCUAGUUACAAAAAAUUGGUAACAGCUUUGUGCAAUGAGCAUCAAAUUCCUCUUAUCAAAGUUGACAACAACAAAAAACUUGGAGAAUGGGCUGGUCUUUGCAAAAUUGACAAUGCUGGUAAAGCACGUAAAGUUGUUGGAUGUUCAUGUGUCGUUAUUAAGGACUUUGGAGAAGAAACACCAGCAAAGGAUGUCCUCAUGGAAUACCUUAAACAAAACUCGAGCCACUAAUUUGUCUUAAUUUGCUUGUUUUUUGUACUAUUAUUAUUAAUAAAAAUAAAAAUAAUACAAAAUCUUUUGAAAUACAA